AUGGCGCCUACCUACAAGCAGUGGACGACGGAACUCGAUGGCGUGGACAAGCUGAAGAUGGGCGAGGCCCCCAUGCCGGGCGACCUCGAGCAGGGCGAGGUGCUCGUCAAGGUCCGCGCUGUGAGCCUCAACUACCGCGACAUUGAGGUCGUCUCGGGCGACUACGGCCACCACCAGUCUCUGACGCAGUCCUCCUCCCUGGUGCCCUGCUCCGACAUGGCAGGCGUCAUUGUCUCGUCCAAGUCGUCCCGGUUCCAGGAAGGAGACCGCGUCCUCUCCAUCUUCAACCAGACGCACAUCAAGGGCCAGGUCAAGGAGUCCGAUAUGGCCUCCGGCCUGGGCUUCCCCUUGAGCGGCGUCCUGGCCGAGUACCGCGUGUUCGACGGCGAGGGCCUGGUCAAGUGCCCCGACUACCUCAGCGACGAGGAGGCCAGCACGCUGCCCAUUGCGGCGGUGACGGCGUGGAUGUCGAUCAACACCUUUAACCCCCUCGGGCAGUACCUCGAUGUGUCCGCCGAUUCGUCCUCCUCGGACACCAAGAAGCCGACGCUCCUCGUCCAGGGCACAGGUGGCGUGUCGGUCGCCGGUCUGCAGAUUGCGCGCGCGGCGGGGCUCAACACCAUUGUCACCUCCUCGUCCGACGAGAAGCUCGCGCGCGCCACCAAAGACCUGGGCGCGGGCACGACGGUCAACUACCGCACGCACUGGGAGUGGCAGGAGGCCGUGAUGAAGGCCACCGAUGGCGCGGGCGCGGACAUUAUCUUCGAGACGGGCGGCGCCAAGACGUUGCGCAAGUCGUUUGACUGCGUCGCCUUUGGCGGCCUCAUCUCCUGCAUCGGCUACCUGUCCGGCAAGGAGGACAGCGGCGACGAGGUCAACCGGCUCAACAUCAACGUCCUCGCGCUCCGAAGGAACGUCACCCUCAAGGGCAUGCUCAACGGGCCCAGGGAGCGGUUCGAGGAGAUGCUGGGCUUUUACGCGAAAAAGGGCAUCAAGCCCAUUGUGAGCAAGACAUUUACGUUUGACGAGGCCAAGGACGCCUUUGCCUUUGUCCGGGAUGGACAGCACUUUGGCAAGGCUGUUAUCAAGGCUACUUCACGGAUCACACUCCAAAACAAAUUGACCGCGAGUGACCACCCGCGUAUACAAGACAAGAUGCCCUCCAUCGCCGUCUACGUACCUCUUCUCCUGGCCCUGCUGCCCGCCGCCCUCGGCCAGACCGUCACCCUCAGCAGAGACAUCCCCUACGCCGCCCACCGCUGCGUCCAGUACUGCGUGCAGCAACCUUAUGGCGCAAGAAAGGACAUUGGCGCCGCCCUCCAGUGCGGCGACCCCUACGAAGAGGACUGCUACUGUGCCACAGAGGACGACUCCCUCACCCUCGUCAGCGAGCACAUUAACAACUGCGCGAGCACGAGCUGCUCGGCGGGCGACUUGACAAAGGACGUCAGCAGCAUGCGCAGCUACUACGCUAGCUACUGCCGCGGCAAGGGGUACACGCAGGACUUUAUCGAGGGGUGGUACACGGCGGCCACGGGUCCCGAGGCCACGGAGGCGACCACCACGGCGACGGAGGAGGAGGAGGAGAAGGAGGAGGCCACCAAGACGACUGCGGCUGAGGAGACGGCGGAGGGGAGCGAGGGCGAGGAAGGACAGGUCGUGGAGACGUCCACGGACACGACGGUGGCCACGCAGACGCGCGAACCGGAGGACGACGGCGCGUCCAUCUCCAGGGUCAUCGUCAGCCGCACGUCCAUCUUGUGGGUCGACAACACAGCCGAGCCCGACGCCAGCAAAGAAGAGGAUGGCGGCGGCGGCGUCAACAACACUGCUCUCGGGGCCGGUCUCGGUGUUGGCGUGCCACUCGUGCUCGCCCUCGUCGGUGUGGGCAUCUGGCUUUGCAUGCGUCCGCGGCGGCGCAAGCAGGUGUCUUCCGAGGAGGAGGAGCAGCAACAACAGCAGCAACAACAACAACAACCGCCCUCCUACUCGCAAGUCAGCGUCGUGCCCGCCGUGCCCGCGGCAGGUGGGACAGGCAAGAAGACUGAGUCGGUGUACAAGGUUGUCGAGACGCAGCAGGACAAGCUGGAGCUCGGGGGUGAGGGGAUCCGGAGAGAGCUUGCUGGGCAGCAGAUCCAUCCCUUUCCUGCCCAGACGGUGUAUCCGGCGGUGGCGGUGCCUGGUCAGCACGAGAUGAUGGUGGAGAACAUGAACCGUCCGCAUGAGAUGCAAGGUAGUGUGCGGGCCUCGGAGAGACAUGAGCUGCCUGGUCAGUAUCACUAUUGA